GAAAAUAAAUAAAGUAAGCUGAAUUAGCUCAAGUCUUAUCCCUCUCUCUGUCAGAGGGAGACCCGACUGACCCGUUACCAGAAGUACCGAUUCAUGUACUCAUUGAACAAUCCUCUCUCUAAAAUGAGUAAGAGGCCGAAACUCACACCACUUCCACCGUCAACUCCACCGAAUCCACAAACCCUCCACCGUUUAAAACCUACCAAAUGGGCACCACUCAAUCUUAGUCAGUCGGAGCUCUCCUUACCCCUCACGUUCCCCACAGGCCAAACCUUCCGUUGGAAACAAACAGCUCCUCUUCAAUACACGGGAACUCUCGGGCCCCACCUCAUCUCCCUCAAGCACCACCAAGACGGCGGCGUUUAUUACCACAUCCACCACUCCCCAUCCGAUUCAGCCGCCAAAUCAGUUCUCCUCGAUUUUCUCAACGUGCGUAUUUCACUCGCCGAGCUUUGGGGAACUUUUUCGUCAUCCGAUUCUCGUUUUGCUGAGCUGGCGAAGUACUUCGCGGGUGCCCGAGUUUUGAGGCAGGAUCCGGUUGAGUGUUUGGUUCAGUUUCUGUGUUCAUCUAAUAAUAAUAUUGGGAGGAUUACGAAAAUGGUGGAUUUUGUGUCGGGUUUAGGGACUUAUUUGGGUGAAGUUGAGGGUUUUGAGUUCCAUGAAUUUCCAUCUUUGGAAAGAUUAGCCAUGGUUACCGAGGUUGAGCUUAGAAAGGCUGGUUUUGGUUACAGGGCCAAAUACAUAACUGGUACAGUUGAUGCAUUGCAAUCCAAACCAGGGGGAGGUGCAGAGUGGCUUAUGUCUCUUCGUAAAUUGGAACUUCAAGAGGCAAUUGAUGCUCUCUGUACUUUGCCUGGAGUUGGUCCCAAGGUGGCAGCAUGCAUAGCUCUCUUCUCUCUUGAUCAACAUCACGCUAUUCCUGUUGAUACUCAUGUUUGGAAGAUUGCUACAAGAUACCUCCUCCCUGAACUUGCAGGUGCCCGCCUGACACCUAAGCUAUGUAGCCGUGUGGCAGAGGCAUUUGUGAGCAAAUAUGGGGAAUAUGCAGGGUGGGCUCAAACUCUACUUUUCAUUGCUGAACUACCUUCACAGAAAGCCAUCCUACCAUCAAAUUCUUGUACAAUCAAAGAGAAAAACUCUGCUAAGAGAAAGAGUAGAGAAGCAUGAUGGUAGCUAAAGCUAAAGCUAUAAUUAACAUUAUUGAAACCUUAUUUCUGGAAACCCAAUAUUCGAGUUUCAUUCCCGUCCAAGAUCCAUAGUUGUUAUGGUUCUUCAAGAUUGGUGGGAUUUACACUGAUGAUCGCGGGGGGUGUACCAAAGUGCAUGGUUCUUCUGCGUUGCUUUGAAGAUGUGUACAAGCCUUCCAGGUAUCUUUGGUUUGGUUCAUGUGCGCUCUAGUAUUUCUGCGAAGUAUCACUUUUCUUAUUACCUUCUGCUUUUACAACUAUAUAGGCUCGAUUCUUUUAAUCUAGAACAGAGAUUGUUUUAAGAAUACACUCAAUUUUUUCAUUAAAAAUUUAAAUGUAAUGUUUUUCCAUGUAAUUGUAACUGGCUUUUUUCUCCUUCUGAUAAUAGAAAUCAUAUUCUUGCCUGAGUAGGAAUGCACAUCUAGUGAUGGACUAUUGAACCUUUUGUAUCACAGUCGAGGAUCAUUUGCUUUUACUCAUUUUAUUAAAUUAUUUAUAUUUAUUAGAUCCAUAUUUCAAAAUUUGGCCAUUUCAUUGUGUGAGA